ACAGUCAAGCAGAUUAUUUCAACGGGAUCCCGCCACAGACUGGUAAUCAUUUACUAACUACGGAAUGAACGGUAACUACGGGUCGACCGACGGCUGAAAUCAAUCAGCACAAACCCGGAUUAAUAACGCGCAAAGAAAAAGAAGCAGCAGCAAACUUCAUCCAUAGGGUGUGCUGAUUUGUCUUCUGGAGGGGCAACAGAAGGCUACAUAAAAUGACCCAAUCUGUGCACAUAACCUCCAAAGUGCCAAAUCUGAGUGCCCCUUUUCAUUGCUCUGCUGAGGAAGAAUCAGACCAAAGUGGUGCUUAUUCUGUACAGACACCCUACGGAUUCGAGCUGGACCUUGAUUUCCUCAAGUAUGUUGAGGAAAUAGAGAGUGGGCACAGCAUUCGUAGGGCUAAUGUGCACCCUCGGAGAGGAUCUAGGAGUGACAGGCGAAAUUUGAGUACUGGGGGUCGAACCAGCGGCUGGACCUCCACCGAGUCCCUUUCCUCAACAACUAGUGAGAAUGGUCAGACUAACCAACCUUUUCUCCAGAGCCCAAUCACACCACCUUAUAAAUCACAGCCACUUUCCCCAUUACCAGUGAUCAGUCCCAGUUUACCUACUUUCUCAAAAGUGCCACCACCACCUCCACCACGUAACCCUAGGGUGGAAAGAACACUUCUUGAAACUAGCCUCCGGCUCCAACAAGAGCAAAGUCAGUUUUCCAAUGGAUUAGGCUCCAAUUUGGCUGACCUUUCCAAAGUGAGUUCCAAAACCAAUGUAUCUAAUAGGGACUUCUCUGUAGGUUCUUCACAGCCAUCAGAAGCCCCAUUGCUACCGAUGUCACAUGUUAUGCAGAACCCCCUUUCUGGGGCAUGGACCAGAGCAAGUCCUCAGACUUCCGGAUGGAGCACUCCAGCCUCAAACUCAGGAACAAUGCCUCCUGGGCAGCUUCAGACAGUUCGAGAACAGAUGGCUGCUGCCCUUAGACAGCUGAGAGAGAUGGAAGAAAGAGUAAAAGGAGUACCAGUCCUGGAAAGAGAAGUUGCCAUGCUCCGUGCAGAAAAAGAAAGGCUAUCUGUGGAGCUUCAAAAUAAAACAAAGGAACUUGAAGCAGCAAUCAAACUGCAAGUACCCACUGAGGCAGUAGAGGAACAAGACAAAGAGCAAAUCAAGAAAAUACCAACCUUUGUUUUAGAAACAAAAUCCAUAGCAGUAGGUAAUGAUGUACCUCUUGAGAAUGUGAUAGUCUCUAAUCGUCAAACGCUCAAGGAUGCUGCCGUUGGAUCAAUCAUCGAUGUUUGUCACGCAGCUGUUGAAACUGAGGCUAAUGCCAUGUGUGAUGAGGGAAUUCAGACCACGGUGGAUACAGAAGAUGUGUCAGUCUGGGUCAUUGAGUCAUUUCUAGGGCUACAAAGCGAGGCGGAACGAGAAAUUGACAACCUACAACACACCAUCACGUUUCAACAGGAGUCAAUUCAGGUUCUCGAGACACGAUUAACUCAGGUCAACCAAGAUCUCGAAACUUUAAGGGCUCAGGAAAUUGAGAGAACCUCCAAGAUCAUGUUGGACAAAGAGACGACAGCUAAACCAGAGACAGUCAGCAUCCGACUGGAAACAUGUCCUGAAGUUUGUUCAGUGGGAGUGUUGUUUCCUGAUGUGACUGACCCUGAGUAUGAUUUAAAAAAGGACCAAAGUAUUCAAACAGAUCCUGAGGAAACUUCUAAGGAACAACCUGUGGAGCUAAUAAGCACUGGUGUCCAGUGGGAAUGUCUUGAUGACACUGAGCCACAAGACAGCGAGGAACAGACAACGUCUGCUGAGACUGCAGGCCCUCUGAAAUCUAUCAUGAAGAGGAAGGAUGGGAGUGGUGCUGGUGCAGCUUCCAGCAGCGGCAAAAAAAGCUUACAAUUUGUCGGGAUUCUAAAUGGAGGGUAUGAGUCGACGUCUAGUGAAGAGGAAGAGGAGGAGGAAGAGAGUUCCUCUGAUGGCAGCGAGGCUGGUGCUUGUUCAGACAGCAGUGUGGAAGAAGCAGCAGCUCUAGAGGACACGUCUGAUGAAGAGAUGAAUAUAAAUGCGGAUGAAAGUGAUAGCGAUGAAAACAUGCCAGCAGGGACUGAAGAGUUAAAGGAUCAGGCAGAGGAAGUGAAGGAAAAGUUUGAACUUAGCUCCAAAAUGCGUGAGGCUUGCCUUAUUUUGAAGAACCAUCUUAACGACGGAGAAAAGGCUGUAAAGAGUAAAGAAGUGUUGUCCAGCACUCAUAGCGUUCAGCUGGAGUGGUUUCGAGUAUCCAGUGCAAAGAUGGCCCAGCCAUUACGUGUGUCAAAUUACCUGAUGGCGUUCUCCGAGGUCUCCCCCGUCCUGCUGGAGCACAUUGUCAACAUGACCGACGGCAACGGCAACACUGCUUUACACUACAGCGUCUCCCAUUCCAACUUCGCUGUUGUGGACCUACUGCUUGACACAGGCAUGUGCAAUGUUAAUCAGCAGAAUAAAGCCGGAUAUACAGCUGUGAUGCUGGCCGCUCUUUCAGCAGUGAAGGAGGAGGAUGAAAUGGCCGUGGUCCAGAAACUCUUCCGUCUGGGAAACGUCAAUGCCAAAGCCAGCCAAGCAGGACAGACUGCUUUGAUGCUGGCCGUCAGUCAUGGGCGUCAGGAGAUGGUGCGAGCGCUGCUAGAUUGUGGCGCUAAUGUGAACAUCCAAGACGAUGAGGGCUCCACCGCUCUAAUGUGCGCAAGCGAACACGGUCGAGCUGAGAUCGUCUCCUUACUGCUGGAACAGCCGGGGUGUGACAUUUCAAUCGUCGACAAUGAUGGCAGUAAUGCUCUGUCCAUUGCUCUGGAAGCGUCCCACAAUGACAUCGCUGUUUUACUGUACGCCCACAUGAACUACUCAAAAACACAGGCGGAUGCAUCACCUAAAGCAAACUCCCGGAGCCCAUCCAGCCCUAGAAAAACAUGGCCCUCGGAGUAAAAAAAGGGCAUAUCACGAGCAAAAAUGGAUAUAAAACGAACUAACUAGCUUUACUGGAAGAUUAACAAAGCCUAUGUUACAAGUCAUAUAUACUGUAUUACUGAAUAUUCAUUUUUACGCACAUAUUUAAUUAACUAUGCUGCAGCAUAACUAUGUAAAAUACUAUGUAUACACGUUAAUGUUUACUUUUUAAUCUCCAAAAGGUGUAUUUACUAUGGUAAAUGUAUUAUACCGUGAUAUCAGUGUUUGAAAUAAGGUGUUUGGGAUAAAUCACAACAUAGCUGAGAUGUCAUGUUGAUUACAGGGUUCACAGACUUAACCUUUGUUUUGAUUAGCGGUUUAGCUGCGAUGUUUUGCUUGGCUUAGACAAACCCAUCAUUAAAAAGGGUUCAGACAUAUUGCUGAAGAUUAAAGGAAUGCUUGACUUUUUAA